AUGAGCGAGUUUACAGCAGUCACGCUCGAGGGCGAGGUGGUCCGCGGCUUUGGCCGCGGCAGCAAGGAGCUUGGCAUUCCUACCGCUCGUCUGCAUCUUUGCUUUGUGUGGACAGCCAACUUUCCGGAGGACGUAGUGGAAUCUCUACCCACGAACAUGGAGCAGGGCAUUUACUACGGCUGGUCACAGGUGGGAUCCGGCCCCGUCUAUGCUGCGGUCAUGAGCGUCGGCUGGAACCCCUUUUAUAAGAACGAAAAGCGCUCCGCAGAAGUGCACAUCAUGAACAAGUUUGACAGCGACUUUUACGGCGAAACGAUGCGCAUGCUCGUGCUUGGUUAUAUUCGUCCCGAGCUCAAUUUCUCUUCCCUUGGUUCGUGCAUGUCUCUCACGUUCUCUCUAGCGUCUGCAUUCCUGAGUGGCUAG